AUGGACCUCCUGGAGGCCAGUGAAACCAACAAAUUCGAGCGACGAGGCGACGUCAGUUUGCUGCUGCUGGAGCUCGUGUCCCUGGAGCCUUUGAUCCUGAGCUGUGACAAGAGGAGUCAGAGACCUGCUGCGGCAGGCCUGCGGGCGGUGGCGACAGACCUGGUGGUCUCGGCCGUGCGCCAGGUCCGGGCCCUGCGAGUCACACGCGUGACCGCGGCUGCACCGCACGCCCCCACUGGGGGGACCGCUGGGGGCCGCUUCCCCGCGCGGGUCCCUCCGGUGGCUGCUCCGGCUGGGGGAAACCCCGUGCCACACCGGGAGAGAUCUCCCUUGAGGAGGUCACCAAAGCCUGUUGAGGAGAAGAAGGGUGCCGCCCCGCAGCCUCUCGAGAAGGACGAGGAGAAGGAGCAGGACUCAUCUGAGUCCGACGAGGAAGAGGAGGAAUCGGAGGCGGCCUCGGACAAGACCAUCCUGGUUGACCCCUUGCUGCCACCUGCGACUGUGGCCCCAGGUACUUCGGGAAAGGCGAAACCUCCAGCUCCCCCUAAAGGAGUGGCAGAGAGGAUCAAGACUGAGGAGAAGGCAGAUUACGGAGAGGAAGAACAGGCUGGUGGGAGCACCGUGCCUGAAGAGUCUGGACGGCGUCGUCGACAUCGACAUCGACCCAGUCAGCCAUCAAGGCCAGAGCGGAAGGACGACAAGUCCUACAGGAAGCGCAAGCACAGGAAUCCAAAACACAGAGCGGGGCGCAAACACAAGCGUCUUUACAGGGCCGAGCGUGACCCUUACCUCAAGAUUCACCGGAAGUUGGACGAGAGCGAGGCGGAGGUGGAGCUGGUAGGUGCUGGAGGCGCCUAUGGGCUGUUCGAUGUGAACGAGCCCGCCAGAUGGUCCACUAUGGAGAUAAAGUUGGGAGACAUUAUAACUACAGCAGUUCCGGGCGAGCUGUUGGGAGCAGACGGGGUGGAAGGUAUCUUCCUGGUCACAGGUAUAGAGUUGGGUGCCGAUGGAAGUGCCCUGGUCAGGGUAAAGUCGGUAGGAAGCUCACAUCCGGAAGCACUGGCGAUCCUUUCUUCCUUUUUCAACCGGAAGGAAGGACACCUUCACGUGUGCGCAAGUGCAGGUUUUUGCGAGGAAGAGGGCGGUGUUUUCCAUGUUCAUCGGUUGGAGCUGUGGGAUGGACUCACAUUUCCGACGCACCGCCUGUCGCCCGCAGGGAAGCGCAUUGUGAAACAGUUCGAGGCUGGAGAAGAGCUAGACGAGGUGAGAGAGCCCUUGGAAGGUGCCGCUGGCAGACCCUCUGCUUUGAGGAAGAAGCCGAGCGGGGAACCCAAGGAGGCUCAACUACGAGGAAAAGGUCAGGGAGAUCGUCGAGACCGCCCCAAGGACACCAGGAAGUCGGCAAAGGCGAAACAACCUGGUCCCGCUGGCUCGGCUGCCGGGACGCUCAGGGCCAGGUUGGACCAGGUCAGGAAGCGUCAACAAAGCUUGGGACUUGGACAAGGAGCUCUGACAGGUGGAGACCACUUGGGUGUAGAGGGGGAUGGAGAUGUCGACCCUGUUCAGGAAGGUUUGGGCACAUCUACGAAGUUGGGACCCCCGAAGGGAGCGGCUGGCCCUCGCCGUGCUGCCCUGACCAGUGGAGAAGACGAGGGGGACAGCUACUCCAGUGGCGAGGACGUCGACAGCAGCGAGACAGACAAAGAGGACCUCCUUCCACCCCUGAAGAGACGCAGCGAGAAGAUGGAGGGCUCCGUGCUGAGUCUUCUCAUCGAGAGGAUAGAGGCUCGGCUCAACGAGCUCAGCGGUGCAAAUACCUCGCCUGACAAGUUCAACAGCAAUGCUUUUGCGCUCACCUUCGCCAAUAUGCACCUUUCCUUGCAGCUUGGGCAACUCCUGGCCCACAUCAGCGCAAAGGUGCGAAAUGAAGAGCCCAACGAUUUGAUUGCACUGCAGAAGCCGGCAGAAAAGCUGUGGAUGGACGCUGGUAAAGGGCAGUGGAUUGGAGCCUCACCUGAGCGCCUCAUCAAGGUCCUCAAGAGCGUUAUUUGGCUAUGCGGGCAACCUAAGUUGAGCAAGAAGAAAGUGCAAAUUGUCAUGGGAAGGCUGUGCUUCAUUCUGCAGUUUAGGCGACCGGGCAUGGCUCAUUUCUCGCAUGUUUGGGAAUGGGUGUCAGGAAAGGGCUUCGGCCGCCUGAUGCAAGAUAAGGUUAGGAAGGAGAUGCUGACAGGUAUCUGUGGCAGCCCGUUAUUUCACACUUGGUUGGGCAGCAAGAUCGACCCGAUGGUGACCUGCAGUGAUGCCAGCAUGAAAGGAGGAGCGGUCGCCUUCAGUGAUUGUCUCACUCCGGAAGGUAAAGGCUUUGUCUGGUCUCAGGUGGGAGGAUCAUGGCUUUAG